AUGCCCACCUCACUCUCUCUUUACUUCACUACCUCUCUCUUUAUUUCACUACCUCUCUCUCUUCCUCUUUAUCCCUCUCUCUUUAUUUCACUACCUCUCUCUUCUUCAUUAUCACUCUCUCUCUCUCUUAUUUCACUACCUCUCUCUCUCUAUUUAUCACACUCUCUUUUUAUUUCAUUGUUUCUCUUUACUUCACUACAUCUCUCUCUCUCUAUUUCACUACCUCUCUCUUUAUUUCACCAACAGGAAGAUUCCUCUUUAUCAAUCUCUCUCUCUCUUUAUUUAUUUACCUCUCUCUUUCUAUUUAUCACUCUCUCUCUUUUAUUUCAUUGUCUCUCUCUUUUUUCACUACCUCUCUCUUUCCUUUUAUCCCUCUCUUUUCAUUUCACUACCUCUCUCUUCUUUUUUAUCCUCUCUCUUCUUAUUUCACUUGAUCUCUCUCUAUUUAUCACACUCUCUUUUUAUUUCAUUGUUUCUCUUUACUUCACUACAUCUCUCUCUCUCUAUUUCACUACCUCUCUCUUUAUUUCACCAACACUCUCUCUUCCUCUUUAUCAAUCUCUCUCUCUCUUUAUUUAUUUACCUCUCUCUUUCUAUUUAUCACUCUCUCUCUUUUUAUUUCAUUGUCUCUCUCUUUAUUUCACUAUCUCUCUAUUUCUGUUUAUUACUCUCACUCUCUAUUUUACUAUUCCCCACUCUUUGUCUUUAUCUCUCUCUCUCUCUCUGUUUAUUUCACUACCUCUCUCUUUCUAUUUAUCAUUCUCACUCUCUAAUUUAUUUCAUACCUCUCUUUCUGUAUUUCACUGCCUCUCCAUCUCUUUAUUUCACACUCUCUCAAUGUAUUUCACUAUCUCUCUCUUUCUAUUUAUUACUCUCACCCUCUCUUAA